GGCGGCGGCGCCCAGGCAGCUCCCGGCACGCAGGAGGCCCGCGGAGCGCAGCUGCAUCCCGGGGUCCCGGUGCCAGGCGGCGUGGCCCGCGGGUCAUGGCCAAAGGCGAGGGCGCCGAGAGCGGGUCCGCAGCCGGACUGCUGCCCACCGGCAUCCUUCAGACUGGUGAACGGCCGGCCCAGGUGAAGAAAGAACCAAAGAAGAAACAACAGUUGUCCAUCUGCAAUAAGCUGUGCUAUGCAGUUGGGGGAGCCCCCUACCAGGUGACAGGUUGUGCCUUGGGGUUCUUCCUGCAGAUCUAUCUAUUGGAUGUGGCUCAGGUGAGCCCUUUUUAUGCCUCCAUCAUCCUAUUUGUGGGCCGCGCUUGGGAUGCCUUCACAGACCCCCUGGUGGGCUUCUGCAUCAACAAGUCCUCCUGGACCCCCCUGGGCCGCCUCAUGCCCUGGAUCAUCUUUUCCACGCCCCUGGCCAUCAUUGCCUACUUCCUCAUCUGGUUCGUGCCUGACUUCCCACAGGGCGAGUGGCUGUGGUACCUGAUUUUCUAUUGUCUCUUUCAGUCACUGGUCACGUGUUUCCACGUUCCUUACUCAGCACUCACCAUGUUCAUCAGCACGGAACAGAGCGAGCGGGACUCGGCCACUGCCUAUCGGAUGACUGUGGAGGUCCUGGGCUCGGUGCUGGGCACAGCCAUCCAGGGACAGAUUGUGGGCCAAGCGGAUACGCCUUGUGUCCAGAAUUCGACAUCCACCAACCGCACAAACAUCACCUCACCCAGAGAAACGAAAAAUGCCUACCUGCUGGCGGCGGGCGUCAUCGCCUCCAUCUACGUCAUCUGUGCUGUCAUCCUCACCCUGGGCGUGCGGGAGCAGAGAGAAGCCUAUGAGGCUCGGCAGGCUGAAUCCGUGUCCUACCUUCGGGGUCUCCGGCUGGUCAUGAGCCAUGGCCCAUACAUCAAGCUGAUUGCUGCCUUCCUCUUCACCUCACUGGCUUUCAUGCUCGUGGAGGGAAACUUCGCCUUGUUUUGCACCUACACUUUGGGCUUCCGGAAUGAGUUCCAGAAUCUACUCCUGGCCAUCAUGAUCUCGGCCACACUCACCAUUCCCUUUUGGCAGUGGUUCUUAACCCGGUUUGGCAAGAAGACAGCUGUGUAUGUUGGGAUCUCGUCUGCAGUGCCUUUCCUCAUCUUGGUGGCCCUCAUCGAGAGUAACCUGAUUGUCACUUACGUGGUGGCGGUGGCAGCUGGCAUCAGUGUCGCUGCUGCCUUCCUACUACCUUGGUCCAUGUUGCCCGAUGUCAUUGACGACUUCCACUUGAAGCAGCCCUUGGCCCAUGGCACUGAGCCCAUCUUUUUCUCCUUUUACGUCUUCUUCACCAAGUUCGCCUCCGGAAUCUCACUGGGCGUCUCCACUCUCAGUCUUGACUUUGCUGGGUACCAGACACGUGGCUGCUCACAACCGGUGCAGGUCAAGUUUACACUAAAGAUGCUGGUGACCUUGACCCCCAUAGUCCUCAUCCUGCUAGGCCUGCUGCUCUUCAAGCUGUACCCUAUUGACGAGGAGAAGCGGCGGCAGAACAAGAAGGCUCUGCAGGCUCUGAGAGAAGAGGCCAGCAGCUCCGGCUGCUCCGACACGGACUCCACAGAGCUGGCCAGCAUCCUUUAGGGCCUGCGUGCUGCCGAAGCCACCCACCAUGGCCUGGGACUCCCGGCCACACGAGGAAUCGGGCGUGUGUGCUCGCGCACUGAACAGUCUCCAGGUGCCAGGAGGAGAGUGAAAGAGGGACAGGCCCGGGACACCUCUCGUACCCAUCGCAGGGCGGGCCGAGCAGGCCUAUAGCUGCCCUCCCGUCUGCCCACCUGCUGCCCAGGCCCAGCCCUGGGGCUGCUACUGUGAAUAUGCCAAGGACUGGCCGGGCCAAGCCCAACACUAAUGCAGAGAUGUUUUAUACAGAGACUAAUUAAUAACUUAAUGACUGUAUAUAGCAAUGUGUGUGUGUUUGUCUAUGUCUGUGAGCUAUUAAUGUUAUUAAUUUUCAUAAAAGCUGGAAAAACAAGA